AGGCUUUCAUUUGGGCCUUUUUGGACGCAAGCUUGCUUUGCCGACUGGCGACGUGGCGUGGGCGUUCAGGAGGGUUUUCUUCUAGUGUUUGAGUAGAGUGUGAAAGUCAGGCAGUGUCACCCUCUGCUGCUUUAAUUUGGCUCAUUCUUUUUUCAAUCUCUGUCUGUUUUUAAUUUUAAGUGAAAUUACUGAAGAAAACUAUUCAGUAUGAAUUCAUACCUGGUUCGAUGCCGCAAACAGACCUUGCCUCUUUUGAACUGUCUGCACGCGAGGGAAAUGAAGCACGGUGCUGCUUCGGUAAUUAGAGAUGAAUGCUGACUUCACAACUCCCAACUGACGCCCAUGAGAACCUGAGGGACGAUCGUCUCUCACCCACAUGUAGAGCAAUACUUGCAACACAACAGCACCAGCCACCUGUUCUGUACCUGGGAUCCUUUUGGGGGUUUUUCCUGGGACGAGCAGCGGCUUCGUCUCGUCUCGUUCGGGUUUGGAUGAGAAUUGGACGUUCGGCCCGGGACGCACGCGUCCUUCUGCGCGGAACCAAUAAGAGGACGGACGAGAAAGAGCAUUCUGACAUCCAUCGUGACGGAUUAGAAACGGACGCGUCGUUAUCUCGACAGGGGAUCAACUCGCGGCAACAAACCCGAGAUGAAGAUCCGCGUGGUCCAGAUCUGGGGGUUCCUGAUGACCGUGUUGGGCUGGAUCUUCGUGGCCUGCACCAUGGCCAUGGAGGGCUGGAAGAUCAGCGCCAUCGGAGGAAUGGGGGGCUCCUCCAUCGUAAAGGUGGCCUGGUUCUGGUCCAGCCUCUGGAGAUCCUGCUUUACAGACUCAACAGCUGUCACCAACUGCUAUGACUACCCCAUGCUCUGGUCCGUGGAGGGCCACAUCCAGAUAGUGCGAGGCCUGCUGAUGGCGGCUCUCUCCCUGGGCGUGCUGGGGUUCGUGCUCAGUCUGCUUGGCAUGGAGUGCACCUACAUUGGGGGGAAAGAGCGGUCGAAGUACCGGAAGAUCUACGCUGGGGCAUGGUGCCAUAUCAUCAGCGGUUUCAUGUCCACAUGUGGCUAUGCUGUCUAUGCGCAGUACGUCUCAGUGGAAUACUUCAGCCCCGACUUUGACGGCCUGAGGUACGACCUCGGCACCCCGAUGUUCCUCGGCUGGGUUGGUUCCGCCUUCCACUUGACCGGUGGCUUCUUCUACGUGUGGUCGGUGUGCAAGCCGCUCUGCGGAGGACAGACAACGGUGAUCAAAAUCAAGGCAACCAAAAUCCAGACACUCCCGGACCCGGAGCAGAACCAGUCCGCGCCGGCCGCGUCCGAGUCCUCCUCCGAGACCAAACUGUCCUCCGUGUCCGAACUGUCGUCCGAGUCUGAACUGUCGUCCGGGUCCGAGCGCUCAGACCUGUCCGCCAUCUCCUCAAGAUCGGCACGCACAUCCACAUCUGGACGCACGGCGGGGUCGGGGCGCUGGUCUGAAACCAGUAGAACCACCGGCUCCGCCGUGUGGUCGAUGUCCAGCGCGUCGACUUUGUCCGAGUCGAGGAGCAGCCGGACGGCGUCGUCGUUGUCAAGCAGCUCGAGGAGUAAAAGUUCAGCCUAUAGCCAAAACUCGUAUAUUUGAUUUAAUGCGAGUCACCAUGUGACGGACAAAUAUGGCGGAGGUUUUUUUAUUCAAUGUGUGACUGUGGUGAAAGCAAGAUGUGUUUUACUAUCGCAUGACCGAUCUUUCUCAUUUAACGUCUUUUUGCCCCGACUGUUCAUUUUUAUAAUAUGUAAUGUACCACAACUAGACGCAAUACCUUUAUUCAUUAAAUAUUACUCAUAACUGAGGCACACAUCCAUGUCUAAUAGAGCGGUAAGCCUGCGUGUAGCCAUAUAAAACAAAAAAUAAAAACAGUAAACAUGUUCUGCAUUGAUAUCAUUGUUUCGCACCAUAGAGGACACGAUCUCCCGCUUUUAUUUUGUUAAAUCACUGUUGGGACAACUUCCUUUAAAUGGUAGGAGGCAUUCAGGGCCUUCACAUCUGGCUUUAUUGGCUCCAUUUGUCAUCCUUUGCCAUGUUUAAAACUAUAUAUUAUUAUGCUAAGCUAAUUAUAUAAUAUACUAUAUAUACACAUGAUAUAAUAUAUAAUGUUUGAUCCAAUGUGUCAUGGACAGAAUAAAAAUGAAUCAAAACUUA